AUGGCUCUGUCCCAGAUCCAGUGUCUGGACGACAACCACGUCAACUGGCGCAUGAACGAGUCCAAGCCCGAGUUCUUCUACAGUGAAGAGCAGCGGCUCGCGCUCGAGGCGCUGAUCGCGAGCGGCCGCGACGCGUUCCACGCGUACGUCAGCGACCGCGAGCUCCGGCCCUUCCUGUCCGAGCCGGAGCUCGAGCGCCUGUGCCGCUCCGUGGAGGACUACCGGCCGGGCUCCGAGCACAUCAGGCCGGAGGGCGCCGGCGAGGCCGAGGACGGCGCCGUGUCGCUGCAGUACUGGCCUGACCGCUCGGACGCCUCCAUACCGGACCUGGACCUCGGCUGGCCGGACUGCAACUCGUACCGCGGGGUCACGCGGGUCAACGUGUACACGCAGCCGCCCUUCGACGGCCAGACGCACAUUAAGGAGGUGGUGAGGAAGACCAUCGCGCAGGCGCAGAAGGUGAUUGCAGUGGUGAUGGACGUUUUUACAGACGUUGACAUCUUCAAAGAUCUGUUAGACGCUGGUUUUAAGAGGAAGGUGGCUGUUUACAUCAUCAUAGAGCAAGCGUCCAUUCAGCAUUUCCUUAGCAUGUGUGAGAGAGCGAACAUGCACAGAGGACAUCUAAAGCAUCUGCGUGUACGCUGCAGCGGAGGCUGCGAAUUUCACACACGUUCAGCAAAGAAAGUGCAAGGUUCACUGAAUCAGAGGUUCAUGUUUGUGGAUGGAGACCGCGCAGUGUCUGGAUCGUACAGUUUUACAUGGACAGCUUCCCGUCUGGACCGUAACCUCAUCACAGUUUUGACAGGGCAAGCUGUGGAGACCUUUGACAAACAGUUCCGUGAACUCUACUUGACCUCUCGUGGUGUCAGCUUGUCUAAAGUCCCGCUGGCGGACCUCCCUGACCCUGACCCUACGCCUGUCCCUGCACCAGCCCCUCUUCCCUCGGCGGCUCUUGCCAGAAAACUGAUUAACCCCAAAUACGCCCUGGUGGAUACGGCAAGCCGGACCUCCUCAGAUAAAAUCAGCCCCAAAAACAGUAGUUCUCAGAAUCCUUUGCCUCAGCCUGUCAAGAGGCAGCGAGAAGUAGUAGAGGAACUGCCCAAACACCCCGGCCUAGUGGGAUUGCCCAAGGCAGAACUUAUUUCUUACUUGCCCAUCUGGCCGGAGCCUGACCCGCCCAGUGAUGUCAUUGGGUUCAUUAAUAUUCGGGACACUAGUAAGCCGCUGCAGGUGCACUUGAUGCGAUCGCAGCUGUUUGAAACAUCGCAGGCCAUUCGCUUCAAGGACCCUUUUACUGGUCCGCCUGAGCAGCCUUUACCAGAGAAGGCGAGCCCUCGCACAAAAGCAACAAACGCACCCAAAACAAAACCCCCACAAAACACCAGUGCUCAACCAGAGGACCAGCCUAAAAUGGAGGUUCUGUCAGAGAAUCAUGCAGCUUUAGCUGACAACACAUCACCACCUGCUCAAACAGAGAACCAAGGUACCAAAGCUGACGCUCCAGCAUCUCCACAGCCACAAUCCACUCCCCAACCCACACAACCUAUUGUGGAAGAGACCCAGAGUGAUGGGCCACCUCCAGGGCCACCUCCAGGACCACCCGUGCCCAAGCCACGCACCUUACAGCUGGUGAUGAAUCCCACUGAUGGUUCUGAAGCAGUCCAGGUCAGCUUUGUGAAGAAGGAACAGCCUCAGCAACCCCAAACAGUACCCGACACAGUCAGCCCACCACCGUGCAUAGUGCAAGAGGCCUCAAGUUCAGACGAGUACAGAGAAGCACCUGAGGAGCCCACUUCAACGCAGACCGUCCCAAACACAGACCAGUCUAGCAAGGACAGACUUCGGGAUAACGAUGCGGACAGUACAAAGGUCAUGUGUGCACAUUCGGUGAAGGACAAGGAUGAGAGUUCCACAGCAUCAGACGAGUACUACGAAUGCAGCGACUCGGAAAAUCUCAGCGUGCAAGGGCAGCUCGCCAACGGGAGGACUACUGGUUCAGGACGUUUUGGGGACCAUAGCCCUGGAACUGAUUCAUUGAACAUGAUGGCACGGCUCUCUCAGUCCAUGCUGGACCUGAGACCAGAAAACUGUGCAGAGCCGGACCCUGCUGAGAGGAACCUGCUGAACAUACAGAGCAAAUACCCAGGAAAGGCAUAUCAGCCUGUAUCAAGAUCUCCUGUUCGAGAACAGAGCUACUACAACAGAGCUAAGGUGGUGAUCGCCAAACCGGGAGUGUUUCAUCGUCCUCCUAAAAGCAGUGCCCACGUGAUAGGAGGUCACAGAUAUUGGCAGGGCAAACUCUACGGCCCUGAACGGCCCCAAAACAGACUGUCCCAACCCGAGGCCAACCGCACCGGCCGUUCCCCCCGCAGACACGGCUCCCCCUUCAGGACUGGAGGACUGAGGACCAGCCAGUCGCCAGUGAACCGCAUCGUUCACGCCCACUCCCGUUCCCCCGCUCAUCAGGUCUCUCACACGCACUCUCCUUCGCCUCGGAGGCGGAACGAGAUGCAGACCCCACUCGGAAUUUCGUUUUCCAAACUUGCCAGCUUCCGAAACCUGAGGGGGAAGGUGCCUGGGGUCAUAGGGGGUGUUGCCAUGGGUGACAAAAGGGUAACACGUGGGCACAAGAACAAUUAACAACACAAUUAAUUGCUGGAAAUACAGGAAACCAGACUGGGAUUGAGUAUCUUCGGUGUUAAUUUCAGUUGUGUGCCAGAUACACACUAAAUAAUUUAACUAAAAGACCUUCUUCAUAAGCACAAGCAGAUUCUUUGUGCGCUCUGCAACAUAGACUGUGGUGAAUAGGUGAUGGAUUUCUGAACAUGGUGAAGGCGAUGUCAAAGUUAUUUUAUGUUUUACACUGAAAAGGCCUACCGAGCGUAGCUCACCCUAGAUAAAAAUGUGUGUGGAAGCUUAUUCCCAUCUAUUCAGCACCACACAUCCAUUGAUGUUGCUCUUUCUAUAGAGAUGUUCUUACUGGACCAGAUUUUCUCUUUCAGAGCGGAUCAGAAUUGCAGAAAUACAGCGGCGUUUUAGGGCUGCUGUUAAUAAAAAUUAAAAUAGUAGACUUUGAGAAUACAGUCAUAAUAUUUUGAGAAAAAAAGUCGUAGAAUUACGACAUUAAAGUGGCAUUAAUACCAGGAAAGGUUGCAAUAUUGGCCACAGUAUUGGCUCUUGUUAAAAUGAGGGACGUUGAGUUGGUAGAGUUUUACUUUCAUAUCGAUUCACCCAUAAAGAAACACUCAGUCCCCCUGUCUCUCCUGCACAUCAGCACCAGCCUGUUAUUAGUGUAUAAGAACCGGCUGAAACA